AUGCUAUUGCAGUAUUCCUACUUAUUUAUAUUUAACAUCCCCGCUCUACCAACAUGGAGUAGAAAUAUCUUCCAUAAUUACUUUUCUAAAAAACAGUAUAAGAACACUUACCAUGGAUAAAAGCAAAAAAGACAGUGAUGCAUGGAGGAAAAAGUCACGUGUUGUUCGGAAAGCUUCGUUUGAAAGAGUGCCAAAAGGAUUUUUCUCUGUAAUUCGAACAUUGACAGUAGAUUUCAACUUACCAAAUGGAAGAGUGAUGACGCUGAAAUGUAUUGGAAAUCACACAGUUGAACAAAUCAAAGAGCAAGCUUUGACCAAGAUGUUCGACACAUACCCGGGCAUGGAAGAUGGUAUCGAAUAUAUUCUAACAUAUAUCUUGGAUGGACACGUGAUAGAAAUCUGCGAUUUGCAACAAACUUUUCAGACCCUACGUGUCGUAUCGAUGUGGUCGAAAUCGGGAAUGAAAGGGUCUCUCAACUUAUCACCUGUUCGACUGGAAACAAGUCAAGAAAGAAUGUUUAACAUAAAGUUGGGGUCAUUAAUGGGAGUAAUUUGGGGGAAUUUCCAAUCAAUUGCAAACGAUGAAUUAUACAUGACAAGAAGGAAACUCACAAACGUAAGGAGACUAGCCAUAUCUGGCAGAAUGUCACUUGAAUAUGCAAUGGAACCAUCGCUAGAGACUUGCACUUUACCUCCCAACAUAAUAUCAAAGCUUGAGGAUGAAAGGUUUAUGAUAUGCAUAUUCGGACCAAAUAAAAACAGUACGAAAGUGGCAGUGAAGUUGGACGAUUAUCCAGCGGCAAUAUUGAAAAGAUUUUUUGCAAGCCUGGCACCAGCUCUACGCACAGCAUUUCAAAUUCCAGAAGAUGCAACGUACUCUGAAUACGUGAUGAAAGUUUGUGGAUUGAACGAUUAUAUUUGGGGAAAUUACAGAAUCAUCGACUUUGUUUAUAUCAGAGAAUGCCUAUCGAGGGACGUUGAGCCAAACCUUGCUCUCUGUCCACCACUCAUGGAAUCAGAGGACGCGAUUCCCGAUGAUCAUGACCCUUGGUAUCUUGUCGACGAAUCAACAGGGGUAACCGAAGAACAUCAGCAACUCACAAUAAUAAAUAAAAAUCACAACGAAAUUGUAGCACUAUCUUUGUGGGACAUGACAAGAAAAUUUCAAAUUAAAAUAUUAGGACUUGAUUAUCUUUCCAUUGAAGACGAGAUUGUGGAAGAACCAGACGAAGUUUAUGUAGAAGCCUGCUUAUAUCAUGGUCAAUUUCAACUUGCUCCACCGAUUAAAACCGAUCCAAUAAAAUUUACGGAAUCUUUGAGGUGGUUUUGCUGGUUGAAAUUUGACAUUCAAAUAAGAAAUAUUCCAAAAGAAGCGAGAAUCAACGUUAAUGUUGUUGGAGUUUAUAAAACCAAAUCAGUAAAAGUAAAAAUCGGAUUAAAACCAACAGACAACGAUGGAGAACAGCACCUUGUACUUAGAUGGUCAAACAUGCAAUUGCUGAACCACAGAUCUGUACUUCUCACUGGAAAUCAAGUAUUUUGCAUGUGGCCGAUGUCACAAAAUGAAGACAUUUCUUUCGAAACUCAUACUGCAACAUCGGCCCCAAAUGAAGGAGGUGGAAAUAAUACAACAGUAACAAAGUUACAUAUUGAGUUGGAAACUUACAUGCACCCUGUUGCAUUUCCUCGUGGUGCACCGAGUUCAAUAACAGCCUCGGAAGAUACGACAGCAGAAAAAGAGCCGGUGCAUGGAUCCCCUGAGUGGGGACAAUUAGAAGAAAUAUUAAAACAAGAUAAAUUGCAUGAUCUGGACAAAAAGAGCAAAGAUUUAUUGUUCAAAUAUAGACUGUAUUGUAGAAAUCGCCCGAAUACACUACCUAAGUUACUUAUAUCAGUCAAUGCAGCAAAUUUGGAAAGCAUGUGUAAGAUGAGAAAUUUGCUGGAAACAUGGCCUGCAAUAUCUGUUGAAGUUGCAUUGGAGUUACUGGAUUCGCAAUUUGUCGAUGAAAAAAUUCGAGCUUUUGCCACAAAUACACUCAAAAAAUUGACGAAUAAAAAGUUGCUUGCUUAUUUAUUACAACUCACACAGGCUUUAAAGUUUGAACCAUACCACGAUAGCGCUCUGGCAAGAUUUCUAUUGACCAGAAGUCUUAAAAGCAAACGAAUCGGACAUUACUUUUUCUGGUUUCUGAGAUCGGAAAUGGAAAAUCCUCAUGUCAGUCAUCGAUACUCAGUCCUUCUUGAAGCAUAUUUACGUGGAUGUGGAAAAGAUAUGAUCAUCAAAUUAUCUGACCAAGCUAAAGCUAUUGGAUGCCUGAAGACUAUUUCUCUUAAUGUUGUUUCCAAGUUGAGACACGGACUUGGGGGCAGCAAAAUGGCCGAAUUGUUACGUGAGGAGUUACGAAAUGUUGGUGAUUUUCCUGACAGCUUCCAGGCUCCUUAUGACCCACGUAUAACUCUCGGUAGACUAAUUGUAGAGAAAUCGAAAGUUAUGGAUUCGAAAAAGAAACCAUUGUGGCUGGAGUUUGAAAAUUUUGACAAAAACGUUAUUCAUGAACAAGAUAAAACUAUAAGAAUAAUGUUCAAGCAAGGGGAUGAUCUUCGACAAGACAUGUUAACGUUACAAAUGCUACAAUUGAUGAAUCAGCUAUGGCAAGAAGAAGGACUAGAUUUGUAUUUGCUUCCAUAUGGUUGUAUCAGCACAGGUUUACUUCAUGGCUUAAUUCAAGUUGUUCCAAAUGCCACAACUGUAGCGUCAAUUCAAAAAGAAUUUGGAGGGUUAAUUAGAGGUUCGUUCAAAGAUGAGGUACUCAAGAAGUGGAUGGAAGACAAAAAUCCAACCCCAUCAAAAAUGCAGGAAGCAGUCAACAUAUUUAUGUUAUCAUGCGCAGGCUAUUGUGUAGCAACCUAUGUUUUGGGUAUUGGCGACAGACAUAAUGACAACAUAAUGGUAACCACAACUGGCAAUCUUUUCCACAUCGAUUUCGGACAUUUUCUCGGGAAUACCAAAAGAUUUUAUGGAAUUCAACGAGAACGUGUCCCGUUUGUGUUGACGCCUGACUUCGUACACGUGAUGGGCACUGAACAAGGAGCCAUGUUUCAAAAGUUUAAGGACUCGUGUGUGCAUGCAUUCCUUAUCAUUCGAAGACAUGCAGCAUUGUUCAUAAACUUAUUUCAUAUGAUGAAAGCGACAGGUAUUCCAGAGCUAACUUCUGUACGAGACAUUCAUUAUUUGAGAAAGGUUCUAAUUCUUUCACAAAGUGAAAAAGAAGCAAGGGAACACUUUCUCAACGAAAUCAGUGGCGUCAUAAAAAAGAGUUGGACUGUUCAAGUUAACUGGUUUAUGCAUUCAAUUAUGCAUUCAGGAAAUUCAUGAAUGGUAUUUUGUUCAAAAAAGCAAAACAUGUUGAAAUUUGGCUAUGCAAAACGUUUGUCGCGACCUUGCAAAGUGUAUUUUAUCAGAUAGAAUGUGAAUGAAAAACGAAAUUACUCCAACUUUGCACUUAAUUGGUGUUUUACAUCAGCUACGUAUAAUUUAAUAUUAUACUUGAAAUGCAAAUUUCAUUGCUGCCGUACAUUUAGGAAUUCCGUUCGACUUGCCCUGUGGUGUUGCUAUGUUCCGUAGUUUUUAGUUCGUUUUUUUUUCAAGUUUGCCAGACAUGUGUUACACACAACGGACCUUCAGUGAAAUAAUGAAAAAAUCCACUUUCUUACGGAUGUUUGACAUAUACUAUAUUUUGUCACAAAAAUGAGUACAGUAUUGAAGUACAUUUGUUUCACAGCGAAUAUAUUUUGGAGAUUGUAUAGUUGAAUUACGAAAUAUAAGACCUACAUACUUGA